CCAGUCAGCGAAAGAUGCAUACAAAAGGUCGACCAUGUGUUACCUGAUCGUCCCCCACGCCAGGUACUUCAUCCACACCCACUCCCGUCAGACGCGUUUCUACAAUGGGUGCUUUGGAUAAUACCUUUGGAGCGCUCUUGAUUGGGAUUGUGGUCUCUGCGAUGCUCUACGGAGGCAUGCUCUCGUGCUAUGUUUUUCCCGCCAGAAGCUCACAAUCACAAAGUCACUUGUAUGCAGACCUGGUACUACUUUACCCGAUAUUCCUCGGAUUCGUUGCGUAUCAAGCUUUUAGUUGGCGCUGUAUAUGUGUCAGAUUCUAUACAUCAAGCUCUGAUCACGCACGCAGGUCAAUGUUGGAUACCGGCCAUAUCUAUCUGGGGGCUGAACAUCAGAUGACAGUCUAUACUUACCUCGUCACCAACUUCGGCACCGCCGCUGAUAUCGAGCAAGUCGUAUGGAGUUUGAUUGUUGAAGUUUUAUUCAAUGGCUUCACAGCGCUCGUUGUUCAAAGCUUCCUUACCAUGCGUAUCUAUAGACUUAGCAACAAGAGCAUGAUUGCAACUGUGUCCGUGCUGUCCGUGCUGUCCCUAGUCAUUGGUGAAUUCGUCCUCGUUGUCAUAUAUUUUGCGAAAGCCAUCAAGUACACAACCUUCAUCGAACUCGCAGAGCUCAAGUCAUUAUCAAUGUCUGUAAAUGCUGUUGCAGCUGUUGGCGACAUCCUUAUCGCUGUCUACCUCUGCACGCUCUUCCAACAAUUUCGCAUUGGUUUCCAGAGGUCCGAUACCGUGUUAAAUAAGCUGAUUCUUUUUAGCAUCAGUUCCGGUUUCCUCACCAGCAUCUGCGCGGUCAUGUCCUUUAUUUCGAUUACGAUAUGGCCCGACACUUUCAUCUACAUUGCGUUCUAUGUCUGCCUGGGCCGUCUUUACUGCAACUCCCUAUUAGCAACCCUUAACGCACGCAAGGGUAUUCGCAGUCUUUUUGAUGACGACAAUAUGCUGCUUUCGCUAACGGGAAUCAUUAUGCCGCCGCCACUCUUCGAAGGCGGAUGCCAAACAAUAUUUUGAUCACAGCCGCGUGCGAAAUAAUGGCAGUUGGCAAAUAUUUCGCAGUGACGAAAAAGUUCCGAAAUACAUAGUGCCAAGUUGAACCAGCUCGGCGCACCUUAUUGGGCGAGGUUGGUCACGUGACAGAGAACCUCGCACUUUU